ACACUCCCCGCUUCGAGCCGCGAGAGAGCAGAGCUAACUGAGCAGCGCGCCCGCCACCGCCGCUGCCGCCCCGUGCGCCCGGCUCUCUCCGCACCCCGCGCGGCGCUCCAGCCAGGCGCCUGUGCGGCUCCUGGCCGCCCGCGAAGCCAGCGCCAGCCCCGCGGGCCGCUGCGGCAUCCUCCCGCGGCCCGGCCCCCGCACGCUCCCAGCGGUUUAAAAGGACCUCCCGCCGCUUCCCGGCUCUGCCCCGGGAUUCCCCAGCCCCGCGCCGCUCCCGGCUCCACUUCGCAGCAACUUCGGCGGCCGCGCGCAGCCCGCCCUCGCCCGCCUUUAAAGUUUGCUGUGGCGACCGCAAAGUUGGGACACUUCAUCGGAUUGAAUUUUUCUCUUUUAUCUGCCUCCGUCCCCGCCUUCCAGGUUCCUUGUUCCUGAAUACUGGUGCUAAGCAUCUUGGCAGGGUCUGGGGACGUGGACUAUUUCGCACACCACACCUCUGGGAGGGAUUUUUCCUCUUUUCCCUACGAAAAACAAACAGAUCUUUUUAAGGAUGGUGCUGCUCCACUGGUGUCUGCUAUGGCUCCUGUUUCCACUCAGCUCAAGGACCCAGAAGUUACCCACCCGGGAUGAGGAACUUUUUCAGAUGCAGAUCCGGGACAAGGCAUUUUUUCAUGAUUCAUCAGUAAUUCCAGAUGGAGCUGAAAUCAGCAGUUACCUCUUUAGAGAUACACCUAAAAGGUAUUUCUUUGUGGUUGAAGAAGACAAUACUCCAUUAUCAGUUACAGUGACACCUUGUGAUGCACCUCUGGAGUGGAAGCUGAGCCUCCAGGAGCUGCCAGAGGACACGAGUGGGGAAGGCUCAGGUGUUCUGGAACCUCUUGAGCAGCAGAAGCAGCAGAUCAUUAAUGAGGAAGGCACUGAGUUAUUCUCCUACAAAGGCAAUGAUGUUGAGUAUUUUCUAUCUUCUAGUUCCCCAUCUGGUUUAUAUCAGUUGGAUCUUCUUUCAACAGAGAAAGACACACAUUUCAAAAUAUAUGCCACCACAACACCAGAAUCUGAUCAGCCAUACCCUGAGUUACCCUAUGACCCAAGAGUAGAUGUGACCUCCCUGGGGCGCACCACGGUCACUUUGGCCUGGAAACCGAGCCCCACUGCCUCUUUGCUGAAACAACCCAUUCAGUACUGUGUGGUCAUCAACAAAGAGCACAAUUUCAAAAGUCUCUGUGCAGUGGAAGCAAAACUGAGUGCAGAUGAUGCUUUUAUGAUGGCACCAAAACCUGGUCUAGACUUCAGUCCCUUUGACUUUGCCCAUUUUGGAUUUCCUUCAGAUAAUUCAGGUAAAGAACGCGGCUUCCAAGCAAAGCCUUCUCCAAAACUGGGGCGUCAUGUCUACUCCAGGCCCAAGGUUGACAUUCAAAAAAUCUGCAUAGGAAACAAGAACAUCUUUACCGUCUCUGAUCUGAAACCCGACACACAGUACUACUUUGACGUAUUUGCAGUCAACAUCAACAGCAACAUGAGCACUGCUUAUGUAGGCACCUUUGCCAGGACCAAGGAAGAAGCCAAACAGAAGACAGUUGAGCUAAAAGAUGGGAAGGUUACAGAUGUAUUUGUUAAAAGGAAGGGAGCAAAGAUGCUACGGUUUGCUCCAGUCUCUUCUCACCAAAAAGUCACCUUCUUUAUUCACUCUUGUCUGGAUGCUGUCCAAAUCCAAGUGAGAAGAGAUGGGAAACUUCUUCUGUCUCAGAAUGUGGAAGGCAUUCGGCAGUUUCAGCUUAGAGGAAAACGUAAAGCGAAAUACCUCAUUCGGCUGAAAGGAAACAAGAAGGGAGCAUCUCUGUUGAAAAUACUAGCUACCACAAAGCCUACUAAGCAGUCAUUUCCCUCUCUUCCUGAAGACACACGAAUCAAAGCUUUUGACAAGCUCCGUACCUGUUCCUCGGCCACCGUGGCUUGGCUAGGCACUCAGGAAAGGAACAAGUUUUGCAUCUACAAAAAAGAAGUGGAUGAUAACUACAAUGAAGACCAGAAGAAGAGAGAGCAAAACCAAUGCCUAGGACCAGAUAUAAGGAAGAAGUCAGAAAAGGUCCUCUGUAAAUAUUUCCACAGUCAAAACCUGCAGAAAGCAGUGACCACAGAAACAAUUAAAGGUCUUCAGCCUGGCAAAUCUUACUUGCUGGAUGUUUAUGUCAUAGGACAUGGGGGGCACUCUGUAAAGUAUCAGAGUAAGGUUGUGAAAACUAGGAAGUUCUGUUAGUUACCUUAUUAUAGAGAUACAUUACGUAGAAGUUCAGGAGGGACAUUAAAUCACUUUAAGUAUAAACUGACUACUCCCACAGCUGAGAGAAGUUGUGACCUGUACUUGUACUAUGGAAGGAAGGAUAUCAACAUGUGUUUAUUGAUGUUUAUAUAAGUAACUCUUGAAGGAGACUUGUUCUAGAGUGCCCCGUGGUACCUAGCGUGUGUCUGAUGCCAGUUGGUGUCAAAGACAGAGGACUUCUUGAAGGAACUUGCCAUUCCUUGCUUUGACCACUGCAUGAACUGCUUCUAAAUUAUUUUAUUACCUAAAAAUUUAAAAUAUACCAUUCAUUGCACACACCCACAAAUGCAAAUCAUUCCUCUCUAUAGAUGCUAGGAUAUAUAUAUAUAUAAAUUAUUUUAUAAAUUCUUGUUUUAAAUGUCAGUGUUUCUAUGAUUGUAAACUAUUAAGUUCUUUUCCUGUUAAAGUACAGAUCUAAUCUAAGUAUUAUUAAGUGGACAGCCCUCUAGUCAGUUAUAUUGCUAUUGUAAAUUCUUAUUUGUUGAGUAAAAUGUUUAAAUACUGUAUGUAUCUCAUGUACAAAGUUGACAUACAUUAUAUUCAUGUACAUAAAAUUAAAGAUACUAGAUUAUAUGCUGUUCAUUUUCCCAAGCA